CUGGAGAGCUGUCCCAGGCCUAAAGCACCCAAACAUGGUUCCGAUCUCCCACAUACUGAAAAACCCCUCAAUGGUGACCACACUUCUUCCUUCAGGCCGGCCUGUUGCUCACGUUUACUUUGACUCUUCCGGAGUGAAAUCAUGACGAGGCACUGCUGGGAUGGGGGAGGAGAAAGCCCUUCGGACUAGAGGAAAGGACGUAGCCGGCUUCGGGGCCUGGGAGGAGGCAGGGUCCCUCGGAGUGACCUGCGGCAAGCAGGGAGGCCGCUCCACUCGGACCGCUCGGCCGCCUCCCCGCCAGCCUCUCCAGGCUCAGCUAAGGCAGGUACCUCCACAAACAAACCCAGGGCCAGUGAGGAGGAGCCGCUGGCUGCUAGCACCGUGUCUCGCGGGCCCGCCCAGGAGGCCGGCAAAUCUGCUGCCUCAUCCCGGCGCCCCGCUCCCUCCCGGCCGCCGCACUCACGAUGCUCUCGGCCAUGGCGGCCGCUCCUGUCUCCGGGUUGGGGCCCCGGGCUGCCGCCGCCUGUCUCCCCAAAGGCCUCGCAGCCCCGGCCUCGGCCUCAGUCCCGGCCCCGGCCUCCCGCCGCCGCCGCCACCUCCGCUCCAGCUUCGCCUCCCGGCUCCGCCAGCCGCCGACGUCCAGUGCUUCGCUCAACGCACUCCGCCAGGCAAACACAGACGCGAAACAAGGUUCCGGGCACCCCCUCCACCCCCACGCCAACGGCCGCGCGCAUGCGCAAACAGAGCUGCGCACACCUCAGCCCCGCCCAUCACCGGUUCCGAGGACGUCUGCAAAAGAGACUUGCUCCUGAACGUUUCAAACAAUACUGAAAAGCCCCAGGAAGAGAGAGCAUCAAUAUGUCACACACACCCCAAAAAAGCAAUCGCCAUUGAGGGAAUUCUGUAUCGUCUUCACAAUUUUCCAGCAAUAAGGUGGAGCUCCUUUUGCAUUUCCUUUGUAACUUCAUGCGUAAGAUUUGAAGGAGCAGACAUUAUGGAGAUCUUUUAAGGGACUAAAAGCCACCGUUUUGUUUUGUUUUGGGUUUUUGUUUGUUUUUUUUUUUUUGAGUAAUUUGUUUUUGUGUAGCACUAGCUUCCCUGGAACUCGCUCUGUAGACCAGGCUAGUCUCAAACUCACAGAGAUCCACCUGCUUCUGCCUACCAAGCCCUGGGAUUAAA